UAAAUAUACUUCAUGUUAAGUUCUGAUUGGAUAAUAUCAACACUGAGGGGCACCCAUAACACUGUUACAUGACACUUUGAACCGAACAAAGGUAUCGAUAAGAGUCAACUCAUAACUCUACUCAGAUAACAUAUGCCUUUGCCUCUACCACAGUGUCAUAUUUCAAUGUUUCUCCUCCAACUCACUGCACAGAACUUGGAAUCAUUUGUUUGCAUUCAACAAAGCAAUGGCUCAACAAGAAUACAAACUACUCGGUGAUACUCUGUUCGCAUACAAAGGGGCUGUUUUUCCAGUGGACGACACCACUAACCUAACGACGGAAUAUAUUGACGAUUUGCAACAUUUUGAAGUCAGAGAUGACGACGUUUACCUCGUUACCUUCCCCAAAUCGGGGACCGUAUGGACCCAGAGAAUCAUCACCCUGAUCUUUGAGGAGGACUUCCCCGAGCUGAAGGACACCAUCACCUUUGAGAGGAUGCCCUGGCUGGAGUACCCGAUGAAGGAGUGGGAGAGCUACGACACGCGCCGCUCCCCACGCCUCUUCUGCUCCCACCUGCAGGAGCCGCUGAUGCCGAGGGGGCUGCUCAAGAAGAAGGCCAAGGUCAUUUAUGUUUCCAGGAAUCCAAAAGAUGCAAUGGUGUCCUACUUUCACUUUACAAAGUUCAUGAAGAAGCUGGAGGACGCAGAACACUUCAACGAGAUGCUCGACAACUUCAUCAGUGGAAGGAUGAUUGGCGGCUGUUGGUUUGACCAUGUUAAAGGAUGGCACGCCAACCAGGACCAGUACAACAUCCUGUUCCUCCGCUAUGAAGACAUGAUCAAGGACCUGAGGUCUGUGGUCGUGCGUAUUUGUGAGUUUGUCGGCAAGAAUCUUUCUGACGCCGCCAUUGACUCCAUCAUCAAGAGGGUGACCUUCAACAACAUGAAACAAGAUGGAAAGGCCAACUAUGAGUUCCUACCCGACGACGUCAAGGAUAAAAGCCAGGGUGCCUUCCUGAGGAAAGGGACCAUCGGUGACUGGAAGAACGCCCUGACAGUGGCACAGAGUGAGCGCUUCGACAGAGUCUACAACGAAAGAAUGAAGGACCUGCAGCUGAACUUCACCUGGGACAUCUCAGAGGUCCAACAGUGACGUACGUCGCUUUAUGGUCUUGGUUAGGCCGGCCUUUCCCGAAGCUUUUCCUGUUUCAAUAAGGUUUUUUAAUUGUUCUGCAAAAAUAAAGUUUGACCUACAUUCACAUGUGGUUUUGAAUAUACCGAAAGAGAACCACUGGUUCAAGGCCAAAAAUUAAACAGUACAACAGAUUUGUCCACUGGAAUGGCUGAGCAGAUGUUGAACGUGUGUAUUGGACUAGUUAAUCACUACCAAUAAACCCAUUCUUACAUUGAA